ACCAAUCACAGGAGCGUCUGCGGCGACUCUUUAAACUUUUCUUCGCUGAAGGAAACCAUGGCAAGCAAGCAGGUGAUCAUCGACACUGACUGCGGCAUAGAUGAUGCUCAGGCCAUCAUGAUGGCCCUGGCAGCACCUCACAUUCAGAUCAUGGGCAUUACCUGUGUAUUUGGAAACGCAACAGUCAACCAUGUGUGUCAGAAUGUUCUGAGGGUGCUCUCCGUCUGUGAGCGCAAGGGGAUCCCUGUGUUCCGAGGUGCUGCUGGUCCUCUAGUUGGAGCCAGUAACCCCGUUAGUAACCACUUUGGAACUGAUGGACUCGGGGAUGUGAUUGAAGAUAAAGACCCACACUGGGCGGAGAAAAUCCAGAGAGAGCAUGCAGUCAAUGCAAUGAUUAGGCUGGUGAAUGAAAACAAGAAACAGGUCUCCCUGGUGGCCCUUGGCCCUCUCACUAAUCUGGCACUGGCUAUCAGACUGGAUCCAUGUUUCCCCCAAAAGCUCAAAGACCUGUACAUUAUGGGAGGCAACAUGGAAGGAAAAGGAAAUGUGACACUAUGUGCCGAGUUCAACUUUGCAUUGGAUCCAGAGUCUGCCUAUAUUGUUCUUGAGGAGUUUCACUGCCCUACAUUCCUGGCAUCCUGGGAGUACUCGUGCAGAAAUGCACUGACGUGGGAGUUCUUUGAAGAGCUGAUCAAUCAGGACACACCUGCUUCAAACUUUAUGAAGUUAAUAACAUCGAAAUGCUGGGCUUACUCCAAAAACGUUAUGAAGAGCAAGAGAGACGUGUACUUUGGACCUGGCUUUGUCUCUUACGACGCCUACGCAAUGGCCGCGUGUAUUGACGAAAGUGUGGUAACAGAGACAAUCCAGUGUCCCGUCCGUGUGGAGCUGCAGGGUUCCAUCACUCGAGGCAUGAUGGCACUGGACCGCACAAAUGAGCUGAAGAAGAGCCACAGUGUGUUUGUUCUCACGAAGUGUGACAUUGCCAAGUUUAGUAAGUUACUCAUGAAGUCUGUUAGACGACCUGAGAAGUAAUCACUGAUGACAUAUGUAUGGGUAUGGAGAAAAAAGAUAAGUUCCUCCUUCAAUCAAAUCAUUUUUGAGUAUAUCGAAUUAAAAAAAAUAUGAUUUUUGCUUAAACCCUUUAAACCCUGACAAAUUGAGGUGAUGUACAAUAUCAACCUUUUCUCCAUUCUAAAUUUCACUAGAGGUGCACUAAUGGGUCGACUUAGCGACUUUAUCUCUGAAAAGCGACUAGCAACAAAUUCAGCAACUUAUUCAUUGGGGAAAAGUUCAUAGUUUAUUUCCAUGCAUCCUGCUCAGAGUAAUCACAGUGACUGUCUCUUUUGCCAGAGGCGCGGGGUCUCUUCUACCCCCUCUCUCCCCUCUUGAGCCGUGCACACACUGGGUCUUAUUCAUUAAACCUGAGCAGAAUGAAUUUGUGUGUAAACUCUUCGCAGAAGGAAAUUUACGGGUAUUUCAUCAUUCAUCAAUAUGCUACUAGCUCCGAUCUUUUCAUAGAUUCUAACAAAGUCUACACCUGUUUCUGACUGCUCGUAGUGCUUGUGUAAAUAAGAUACUGCACAGAAAUGUUGAUUGUCAUUAUUAGAAAUUACAAUUUUAGUUUGUGUUGUGCUGUUAUGUUCAUGACAAAAGAUUAGAAAUAACACAUUUAGCUAGACUAGUUGGUAUUUAGCAGAUUUAGGCUUCGGAUUAAGAUUCUUAAAAACAUGAAGUAAUAAUUUAAAUCGACUUAAUACAAAACUGGAAAACACAGUUCUGCCAAUAAAUAAAAUAACAUCUCCUCCUCUGCCCUCUUUACGCACUGCAGUCCCAAACUGCAUGUAAUUUUUGUUUAAUUUAAUUAUCAGAGACUUGACGUAGGAGAUGUAAACAUUAUUUCAAAUUGAAUAUUGGUUUAAAAAGACCUGUGGAUGUGGGAAAGCAAUUCGGCGUAUGUCUUGUUGGUGAAUUCAAAUCUGCCAGAGAGUUAGAGGAAGCUGAUGUGGUUUUACACCAGACUAUAUUACUUGUUGUUAAAUUUAACGGUGGGUUAUGACCGACAUCAGACUGCCUGCAUUAAGAUGUUUUAAUGGUGGUUUCAUUUAACAACAGAGACAGAGAAUGCCGAGGCUCAGGGCAAACACAGUAGUUAGCUGGCUGUCCAUGACGGCAGAUGAGGGAGAUGUGAUGCUGCUCUGCAGGGUGCUUGGUGUGUGUGCAGUUGACACAAGGGAAGCUGACGACGGAGGGGCAGGGGCUCGAUUCAAAUGAUGCUGUCAGGCAAACAACAUGCUUCUAAGUGUUUUUUCAAUUUUCUCAAUCCCAAUUCACCUAAGAUAACUUCAGAGUCAGCACUGGACAAGUUUGUCUUUACUCUUUCUUUGUUUGCUCCAUGUUCACAGGUCGACAGGACGCACCUAUCCAUAGUAACUAUCACCUCCAUAUAUGGUCGUCACUGACAUAUUUAUGGGCAGGGAUGUACACUGACUGCUUACAAGUGGGAGCGCGCUGUCAAUUUAUUAUUGAUUGGCACUCAUGCACAUACACACGUGCCUACGAUUAAAUCUGAGUUUUCCAUGGCAUUCAUGAAUCCAGUGUAGGGUUUUAGUACCAAGGUUUUUUAUGUGCAAAUCUACUGAGAGAUUUGCUGACAUUUCCUGAAUGAGACCCAGUGUGUGGCAGGCAGGAGAGGAGACACUACUGUACACACACCUUUACAUUCCAUAUUGAUACUAAUUCAUAAAUAAUUUUUUAAUUCUACAAACAAAUAGAUAAUUAUCGUUUUAAGUAAAUGAUGAAUAGUAGGCUCUCUGUAAUAUCACUACAUCCACAGUAUAGACUACUGUUUUCUCUGAUUGUUCUUCUCUGAUAUGUAAAUAAUUCAUUUGAGCAUAUGAAAGUCUGUUGCUCCUUUUUUCUUUUUGAAAAGUAAAACAUGCUACACAGAUAUACUACAAGUCAUUUUCAGCUGGAUUAUAUUUGUACAAAAAAGCUCCGUCCAGUAACCUGCUGUACUUUUUAUUUGGAGUUGAAGUGAGAGUAAGAGAAGGUCAGGUACGUUUGUGCAGCUUUGGAGAAGAUGUGAAAGUUAUUUAAUAGUCAGUGUUUAAAAUGAACCUACAGUUAAAUCUCCCUUUAAAGGAAAGUGACAAUCAUGUUCGUGUAUGCUGUCCAUUAUAGAGAGAUGGAGAAAGAGAGAAAAUCAGAAUUGGCAUAUCAAACUAAAAAUAAACUGGAAAUCAGAAUUGGCCAAGAAAAUUUCAAUUGUUGCAAACCAUUACAAGGCCACCUUCAUAAAGUUUUUGUUCACUGUUACAUAUUUAACUGGGCUUCUGUCGUAACAAGCAGCUACAGCACCAAACCUGGGGCUCCCAUUUUUGCCCAGAUGUGCAGGAAAUGCAAUAGUUUGAUGAUGGGGCAAUGUUACAGGGGGUGUAAGAAAAUUUGUAUUUAAUACAGUUUAAAAAGUCAUUUUCCAUGAUCUUUUACAAGAAUACACUACUGACAUUUUAAUGCUUGAAACUUACCCUUUCACGUAUAGUGUAACCAAGGAUUGAACAUCCCAUCCAGACUUGCUGUGUUUGGAAGUUUUUUGGAACUUGUCUCAUCUCACUUUCCUCUCCUGCCCUCGUCACCCGUACACCGUCCUCUCCUUGCCUACUCUCCUUUCUCCUCAUCUGUGCAUCACUAAGGUCCCCUGUACUUUCUCAUAUCUAUGUUUGAUCCAUGGCCGCUAUCCAAGGGUGGAUAAACUCCUGGUGCCUGUCAUAUGACACAGAUAAGCAAAGCACAAUGUACAUUUAUAUCGCCAUAAAUUAAUGAAUUCAACACUAUAAUCAUGCUAUUUUUAAAUCUUUGUAGUUCUGGAUUUCCUCAUCUGAAGUGUUAAGGCCUUUGCACACCAAGUCUGUAUUAGUCUGGAUUUUUUUGUGUUUUUUUUUUUUUUUUUUAAUACAUCACUCAAUAAAAAUCAUUGUGCACAUAAA